CUCUCGCUGGGUUCCUUCCUGCCCGCUCCUCCCUCGGCCGGACCCUUCCUCCCCGGCCGCGCGCCCACCUCGGCCCGCCGCCCAUCCCUCGCCUCCCGGCCGACCCCGCGCCCCCGCUCCCGCCUGCAGUCGCCGGGGAAUCGCCGCUCUUUGGGGAGGGACGAUGUGCUCGGUGUCCCCAGAUGGAGUGCCCCAGUCCCAUCCAACGCCCUUUCUCUCGAAUUCGACCCUCCAGUGGGGAGACUGCGGCGCUGCGGGAUUGUUGGGGUGCCUUCUUGGAAGUUCCAAAUCUGUCCCCCUCCGAUCCCCCACUCAGGCUUGCCAGUGUCCCGAUCUGCUGACGAUUGAUGUAUGGCCACCAAGGCCCGGGAGAUUCUUGGCUGGUACCCGAACAAUGCUUAGAAGCUUCCUGAGCCCCAGAAAAAGUUGAGAAUUAGUAGAAUGUGGUGAGGUGGAGAAGGGGUCUGUGUCGCGCAGGAUUAACUGUGCUGAUAAGGAGGCAACUUCAUAGGAGCUGCUAAGAUGGGCAUGAGGAUCAAACUGCAAAGCACCAACCACCCUAACAACCUGCUGAAGGAACUCAAUAAGUGCCGGCUCUCAGAGACCAUGUGCGAUGUCACCAUUGUGGUGGGGAGCCGCUCCUUCCCGGCCCACAAAGCUGUGCUGGCCUGCGCAGCUGGCUAUUUCCAGAACCUCUUUCUGAAUACUGGGCUAGAUGCUGCCAGGACCUAUGUGGUGGACUUCAUCACCCCUGCCAACUUUGAGAAGAUUCUGAGCUUUGUCUACACAUCAGAGCUCUUCACGGACCUGAUCAAUGUUGGGGUCAUCUAUGAGGUAGCUGAGCGUCUAGGUAUGGAGGACCUCCUCCGGGCCUGUCAUUCCACCUUUCCUGACCUGGAGAGCACUGCUGUGGCCAAGCCCCUGACCAACACUAGUGAGAGCCAUUCCGGCACCCUGAGUUGUAGCUCAGUAGAACCUGUCCAUCCCCUCGGAGAACUCCGGGGUGGUGGGGAGCACUUUGGUCCUGAUAAAAACUAUGUCUUUCCUAGUGAUACUGGAGGAAGCUAUAAGGAGGAGGAGAGAAAUGUUACCAGUGACACUAACCAUAGCCUGCCUCUGCCUCAGCAGUCACUGCCACCAAAGACAGAAGACCACGAUACCCCUGCUCCUUUCACGUCUGUACCUAGUAUGGUGACUCAGCCAGUCCUAGGCACUGUUAGCAUGGGCAUUCAAACCAGCACAAGCUCCUGUCAGCCAUACAAAGUUCAGAGCAACGGAGACUUCAGUAAAAACAGCUUCUUCCCCGCUGACAGUGCAAUAGACAUUACCACUGGGACCAACUCCUGUCUGAGCAAUAGUGACCACACCAAAGAUCCAGGCUUUGGGCAGAUGGAUGAGCUCCAGCUGGAGGAUCUGGGGGAUGAUGACUUGCAGUUUGAAGACCCCACCGAGGAGAUAGGCACAGCUGAGGAGGUGAUUGAGUUGAGUGACGACAGUGAAGAUGAGCUGACUUUUGGAGAGAAUGACAACCGAGAGAAUAAGGCCAUGCCUUGCCAGGUGUGCAAGAAAGUUCUAGAGCCCAACAUUCAACUGAUCCGACAGCAUGCCCGGGACCAUGUGGACCUGCUGACAGGCAACUGCAAAGUCUGUGAGACCCACUUCCAAGACCGAAACUCCCGUGUGACCCAUGUUCUUUCCCACAUUGGUAUUUUCCUCUUCUCCUGUGACAUGUGUGAAACUAAAUUCUUUACCCAGUGGCAGUUGACCCUCCACCGACGGGAUGGAAUAUUUGAGAACAACAUCAUUGUCCACCCCAAUGAUCCCCUGCCUGGGAAGCUGGGUCUGUUUUCAGGGGCAGCCUUCACAGAGUUGAAAUGUGCUGCCUGUGGGAAGGCAUUGGCCAAAGAUUUCCACGUGGUCCGGGGCCACAUCCUUGACCAUCUAAACUUGAAGGGCCAGGCCUGCAGUGUCUGUGACCAGCGUCACCUCAACCUCUGCAGCCUCAUGUGGCACACGCUCUCCCAUCUUGGCAUUUCAGUCUUCUCCUGUUCUGUCUGUGCGAACAGCUUUGUGGACUGGCAUCUCCUAGAGAAGCACAUGGCUGUGCACCAAAGCCUGGAAGACACCCUCUUCCGCUGCCACUUGUGCAACCAGAGCUUCAAGUCGGAGGCUGCCUAUCGCUACCACGUCAGCCAGCACAAAUGCAAUAGUGGCCUUGACUCGCGGCCUGGUUUUGGGCUACAGCACCCAGUGCUCCAGAAGCGGAAGCUGCCAGCGGAGGAGUUCCUGAGUGAGGAGCUGGCUCUGCAGGGCCAACCUGGGAACAGCAAGUAUAGCUGCAAGGUCUGUGGCAAAAGAUUUGCCCACACAAGCGAGUUCAACUACCACCGGCGGAUCCACACAGGCGAGAAGCCGUACCAAUGUAAGGUGUGCCACAAGUUCUUUCGAGGCCGCUCAACCAUCAAGUGCCACCUGAAGACACACUCGGGGGCCCUCAUGUACCGCUGCACAGUCUGUGGCCACUAUAGCUCCACCCUUAACCUCAUGAGCAAGCACGUUGGUGUACACAAAGGCAGCCUUCCGCCCGACUUCACCAUUGAGCAGACCUUCAUGUACAUUAUCCAUUCCAAAGAGGCAGAAAAGAACCCGGACAGCUGACUGGGUCCCAGCAGAGCCAGGGGGAGCUCCCACACAGCAGCCAGGAUGUGAAUUUUUAAUGGCCGUUGGUCCCUCCCCAGCCGAAGUUACAAUUUUGCCUUGCUAGGAAUUCUGUCUUGUGUUUAAAGAAGAAAAAAGAAGAAAUAGCACAUGAGCUGUUACUGUUUCUGAGAAGCAACGGCCCUAUCACGUUUACCUCCUUACCUGUUCUUGCCCAUGAAGGGCUGUGUUUUUGGUUCUUUUGAGGCUGGUCUUGGGAUCUUGUCAGGCAGUUGGUGCCAACUAGAUCCCCUUCCCUAGCCUCUCGAGUUUUAGUUUACUGAUAGGUUUUAUGCUGCUAAGAAUCCAACCAACAGCCUCACUAAAUAGAGGAGGUGGAGGGAGGUUUUCACUGUGGGUUUUACUGCCAGACCUCCAACUGGGACAACCAGCUAUGAGAGAGAUUUUGGAAUGGUCAUUCAGAAAGGACCAGUCAGCGGGGCAGCUCACCUCAGGUUCCAGGCCCAGCCCUCAGCAGGGAAAAGGCGUCAGGGGUGGAGGUGCCUUCUUGUUUCAUGGCUGUAAUCUGCUGAUUGGACAGUAAAAUCUUUUGGUAGUUAGAUCCAAACUGGGGACUAAGCUUUUUAUUUAGGUCAGAAAGCUUUGGGAUGAAUCCUUGCCAGCCAGAAGAGGUCCUGCGGUGCUGUCAGUAGUAACAGCCUGGCUGGACAGAAAUGGAGCUUUCUUUUUUCUCCUCAAUUCCAGAGAAACAUGGUUUUAUGGAGCGAUGGCCCAGGACAUCAGGCCUUCCCUGUGGGGCAAAGGGGACAGGGAGCCACUUUGACAUAGUCAUCUGUUAUCUGGCCACCUCCAUCGACCUUGAGUUUCCUGGUGGAGAGGUGAGGAUAUCUCUGACAGCAGCAGCCUUGCCUUAAUUUACAUGCAGUCUCCCACCUAGAAGUGUAUUUGGCUUGUAGUAUAGAUGUGAAGACCCCCAUGAGGUGGUGGAGUGGUGGACUUUGAGCCCUACAGGGACCAAAUAAGUGGUGGCGUAUAACGAGAUGUGUGUUCCGUCUGUCCCAGUUGGGUAACCUGUUUACUUUGUGCAACUGGGCAGGAGCUUUGGCAACUCACCUUUGACCUGCUGGAAUUUAUCCCAAUCUGUCUUUGCAUUGCUGCCAAGGGGUGCUAUAGGUUGGCAGCUGGCUCAGACCCUCCCUAGGGGGCUGGGAAAUGUGUCUGCUGAGCCCAUGAGGCUGGUUGGCUUUGUUCUUAGUUGGCUUCUAAGGGCGUCUUGCCCAAAGAAGGCUUGAGGGAGAGGGCCCUCAAUCUCUUGUACUCACUAGGUGGCACCUCAGUAACUCAUACUACCUCACCUGCUCAGACAAGCUCUGGGAGUCCUUGGCCUCCGCCCUGACACUGCCCCUGGUGGGACUUAGCAGCACCCUGGGCUGUUUCACAGCAAGUGGUUUUAAUUAACUCACAAAGCCUUUUUGGAUGUUAAUAUUUAUUUAUUUUUAUUUUUGUAUACAUAUUACCCAGCAUCUCAUUUGGAUAAGAGACUUCAGGAAAAUGAGUUUCUUCCCAGCAAGGAGCCAUAUUUCAGGGGACAGUCCUGGCCAGAGAUUUGGGAAAUAGGCUAGAAUUGGGGGAGAAUGGGCCAAGCCUUUAAACAAGCAAAUUCUUUUCUUUCUCUCCAGGCAGUCUCUUGCAGAAUAAACCCAGGGAACCCUUUAGGCAAUGGAUGUAAUUUCUAGAAAGUUGGAGCCUGUUGAUUUCCUAGGCCUUUCACCCUCUUUCCAUCUGUGAUGGAGUAGAUUGGGGACUGAGAUGAGGGGAAUCAAGUCACAUGAAAGACCUUUUUGCACAUUUUCUCAUCCUUCCUAAACUUGGAAAGCUAUAUUAAAACUAAGGCAAACCAAAGCUCUGUCCCUAUUGGACCUCCUGCCUUUCUCCCUAGCCCUAAGUUGAUAAGGCCUCCAAGUUGGCCUGUAUGGCUUUCUGGUGGGGUGACCAUUACAUAAGGGACUUGUACAAGUGGCCACCUUUCACCAUCUAAACACAACUUGGUAAAUGUUUCCUCGCGACAUUCUUGUCAGGGAAGCAGUGUUGCAAGUUUUCACCCCUCACUGUCUUCUCCCUUUCUCUCUCACACUGACCAUUAGAAAUUUAAGAAGGAAAAUGUGUAAAAGGCUACCAUCAAGUGUCUGCUAAGCUUUUCAAGCCUGAGUGACCCCUCCCAGACUGUUGGUGAGGACUGAUUUUCGAAUGGCUGGAUUUGAGAGAAGUGGUACUUACUAGAACCCAGCAGGUAGCUGAGAACGGAUCAAUAUGCUGGAGAAACCCUUUUCCUUAACAGAGGGCAUCAUGGAUGCUGGGUAGUCUGUAUACUUAACCUGAAACUGUGAAGUAUUCCCUUUUUGCCAGUAAACCAAAAAAGCAAACCCUUGAAACUUUGUCCCCAAAACACUAAAAAAAACUGCACCUCUGAUCCUCCUGAGGCCAAGUGGUUGAUCAGGGUGGCCCAGUUGAUUACAGUGAGACAUGUAUGUAGCAGGGUCAGUAGCUCUCGAGGCUGAUUGACCACACCCUGUUCCUCCACGCGUCCCCCAUAUUCAUACCUGAACCUUCCCUCUGUUUAGAGUCAUGUUUAAUGCCUCUGCCUCUAGCUCACCCUUUUCUGUACUGUUUUACUUGAAACACUAUAUUGUGGCAAAGGGCACCUAGGAUACCUGGUGGAAAGUAUUUGUUUUGAGUUUUUUAUUUUUUCAGCCGUAUUUGUUUUGAGUUUAUUUUUUCAACCUUCUCAUGAUUUCGUUGCACCCUCUGCCCUGGAGCCCAGGUUAGCAUUGUCUCCUGCUGUAUUGUUUCGAGGUUCUGUUUGACCCUUGAAUGUCUUUUCUCUCUUUUCCUCCUUUUUCUUGUUCUAUACUCCAGACCAGCUAUGUAAUUGGCAGAACCCUUUGUUUAAAAAUUUAAGAAUUCAAGUUGGUGACUGUAGAGCAUUAAACUAAGCACAAGUCUAUUUCCAACCUGUUUUCUAAGGGAAAAGGGUGAUAUUUGUAUGGCACACUGGGAUAAACAGCAGAGGCUGCUUGUGGCCAGUGGAGGGAAUCAGUAUCUUGCUCUCCUGUGACCCACUGAUGGCUCACUGAUGUCCCAGCACGCGCUGGGAAGCUCUGCUUUACCCUCGUAUUUGGUCCUAAAUUUUAAGAUUCCACAGAGUCUCUAUAGUUAAUGGCUAGUUGGGAAGAAAGGAGGUAGGGGUGGGGAUCUGGCCCAGGUAAGCCCUAAGAACCAGAAAAUGGGUAAAAGUGCUUUUUGACUCCUUUUCUGAUCUGUCAAUAAGUACCCUUUUGUCUCACGGGCAAGCCUUGGGUUUAGAUACCUUCUCCCCAGUCAGGUUUUGCUACUGAUGAAUUUUCUUCCUCUCUGGCUACCUACUGUGCCCUAUUUCUCCAGACUACUCAACUGUGGAAGUGAAUUUAAAUACCUUUAUAGAUGGACACUGAUUUUGUUGGCAUGGGAGUAGACUCUGUGGAGAAAUCUGUGCCCAUUUGGGAGUCUCUACAUGUCUUUUUUUUUAAAUCCUGCACUGAAUGUAGACAGGAAGCAGGGCACACAGCAUUAGUUUCAGUGUGGUUAUCAUUCGUAAACAUCAGGAUGAAAAUAAAACUGUUUGGAUUUUAAUGUUUCUUUGACACCCUUCCCUUGUUCAGUCUACCCUUCCCUCCCACCUCUGCUAGCUAAAGUCUCAUAUGAAAUGGAGAAGAGUUGUUGUCGUCUAACUCCUUCCAUUAAAUUAAUAAGUACUGACCUCCUAAUAUUUAAGUGUUUACUAUCUAUUGCUGUAAAGUUUUGUAUAUUUUGUAAACUUUUCCCCCCAAAUAGUAGAUGUCUAAAAUCGUUGUACAUCUGAUUCUUUUAUAUUCCAUUGUUCGGCACAAAGUGUGGUUUUUAUUUAGAAUAAAAAAAGGAAAUUGGAUAUGAGA